CAGCAACUUGUAACUGCUUUAUGGUGGCGAAACAAUAUCUUCGGGAAAUACCCAAAAAAACAAGAUAAUUAAUUAUUAACAAAUUGUUGAGAUAAUAUUAUUUAAUAUUAUAUGAUAUUGAUAGUGUGUUUUUGAAAAUUUGAGAUACUUUAUAUAAAAAGAAAGUAGUAAAAAUGAGUAUAUUAGAAGAAACCAGACUAAAAUGGUAUGAUAUUUUAGAGAGUUUGCUUGAAUGUCCCGUAUGUUGUGAAAUACCAGAAAGCAAUAUUUUACAAUGUGCAUCGGGUCAUCACAUAUGUAUAUCCUGUCGUUAUCGAUUACAAAAUUGCCCAAUAUGUAAAAAUAAUUUUUCUAAUACAAGAAAUUUUUUUGCUGAAGAAAUGGCAAGCAAAUUGGAAGAAAUAAUGACAUCCCUUAUGUAUCCUACACAUAAAAUUAAUAGAAGAAUUCUUGAAAAUAAAAUGUGUGUAUUUACACAGACAGAAAACAUAUCUAAAGCAUCGGUAGAAGUACAAACUAGAAAUGUAUUAAUUUGGAAUAAUAAACAAACACAAACGAAUAAUACAUGGAUAGAAAAUAGAUCAAAACAAAAACAAGUAGAGAAAAGAAAGUUUCACUAUCCUAAAAUUGGAAAAGGGAAUUAUCCAUGUUGUUUAGGUUCAUGUACCAUUUCAUUAUCAUUUGAAAAGAUAGUAGAACACUUAAAAUCUUUUCAUAAGGAUGUAUUUUAUGAAUUCAAGGAGAAUAAUGGAGUAUUUACACAAACUUGUGAAUUAGAAUAUAUGAUACCAAGAGACCAUGAUUUAGCAGUUUAUGUAAGAAAUAUGGGAUUGUUUUUUAUAAAUAUCAGAAUUCUUCAUACAGGCGAUUUGAGAGGUAUGAUUUUGCUUGUAAAUAGUGCUUCAGCAAGUAAACACUUUACAUUUGAAAUAACAAUUGGAUUGGGGAGAAGAUCUGUGACAUACUCAGGAAUGGUAAAAACGUGCAGAGUAAUACAUCAACAAGCUAUGGAAGACUGUCUAUAUAUUAAAAAUUCUGAAAUGCAAAAAAAAAAUAUGGUUCGUCACGAUGGUACAUUUAGCUGUAAUCUUAGUAUUAAGCGUUCUAAUUUAACAGAAACAAAUCAUGAUUUAGAAAAUCAAGAGUAACCAAAUAUCAUAAAUUAUAUUUAUACUGUUAUAAUUGUUGUUAUUAUAAUAUUAAGGUUCGGAAGUUAAAACAGAUGUUUUUUGAUUGCACUUUAAAGAUCGUAUAUUUAAAAGUAAUUCAACAUAAUCAGUACUUUUGCUA